GAAUUAACCAUUUAAUUUGAAUAACAUUGGGACUACAAGACUACAAGUCUACAACUUACACAGUCACUGCUAUCGGUUUUCUAGUUGUGCGCUUGAUUCUAGAUUCGACUCACCUGAUCUGAGCACGACGAUACGGGACCGCCAUGGUUGUCGACACCACCUACUAUGACGCCCUGGGCGUCCCGCCAACAGCAACCGAGCUGGAGAUUAAAAAAGCAUACCGCAAGCUGGCCAUCACCACGCACCCGGACAAGAACCCUGGAGAUGAAACUGCCCAUGCUCGAUUCCAAGCGAUCGGCGAAGCAUACCAGGUCCUGAGCAGUAGUGAGCUUCGCAAGCAAUAUGAUAAAUUCGGCAAAGACCAGGCCGUGCCGGGCGGCGGUUUUGAGGACCCAUCUCAAUUCUUCACCAUGAUCUUCGGUGGUGAAGCCUUCGUAGACCUCAUCGGCGAAAUCUCGCUCAUGAAAGACUUGUCUGCUACGAUGGACAUCACCAUGGAGCAGAUGCAGGAAGAAGAGUUGGCCCAGUCCGCCGAAGAGAAACUGAAUAUCCACGACGAAGAAACGAAAGCUGCCGGAGCUGACGAACAUAUUCAACCCGAGCCAGCAUCGAAGCCGACGCCGGCUGCUGCCCCUGUUCCCCCGACGGAAUCUGGCGCCACUUCUGGCACUAGCACACCCAAACGCAACUGGGGCCAACAGGCGCUCCUCGACAAAUCUGAAGAAGAAGCAAGAAUGGAUGCGGCCGGGCUCACAACCGAAGAGAAAGAGCUGCGCAAGAAGGAAAAGAAGAAAGGCCUUACAAAGGAACAACAAGAGCGACUUGCUCAGUACGAGGAAGAACGACGAAAAGCCCGCCAGGAGAGAGUCGAUACACUGGUACGGAAGCUGGUGGACAGAAUCAGCGUGUGGUCAGAAACAGACAAAGGCCCAGAGGUUACACGUGCAUUUGAAGAAAAGAUCCGUCUCGAGGUUGAAAACUUGAAGAUGGAGUCCUUCGGCUUGGAGAUUCUACAUGCUGUUGCCCAGACCUAUCUGUCAAAGGCUACCUCUUUCCUCAAGUCUCAGAAGUUUCUAGGAAUUUCUGGGUUCUUUUCUCGUCUCAAGGACAAGGGAACCCUGGCUAAAGAGACCUGGAACACUAUUUCCACGGCGAUUGAUGCACAAAUGACCAUGGAAGAAAUGGCCAAACUGGAAGAAAAAGGCGGUGCUGAUUGGACUGACGAGAAGAAGGCCGAGUACGAGAGAAAAGUCACAGGCAAAAUCCUGGCCGCAGCUUGGAAAGGAAGCAAAUUCGAAAUCCAAGGAGUGCUUCGUGACGUUUGUGACAAGGUUCUGAAUGACAAGACCGUGAAGAUGGAGAAGCGCGUGGAACGAGCGCACGCCUUGGUCCUCAUUGGCACAAUCUACCAAAAAGCCGAGCGCGAUCCAGAAGAAGAAGGCGACUACAUGGCCUUCGAACAGCUCAUGGCGGAGGCAGCAACGAAGAAGCACAAAGAUGACAAGAAAAAGAAGAAGGAAUCUGACAAGUGAUAGGCAUUUAAUUCAUAAUAUAUAGACAGCCUCCAUGUUGCUACGACUUUUGUUUGAUAUUGUCAUCUGCUUGGGAUAUCCUUUGUCAUGACGAAUUACCUUACGGCUAGUAUUAUGUCACUUACUGAUGUUUGUUGUCCUUUCGGAUUAUUGAUAGACCAGUGUCUUGCCCCACGAUGUAUCUAGAGAUGUGUGUAUAUAGGAAAUAUCUCUGCUAUAGAAAAUAUGCAAAGUAAAUGUCUCAUUGGACG